GAAAGACUAGAGACUAGAUUUUUCGGGUUUUGUAGCUUGUACUAAUUAAGAGUGAAUAUUGUACAAUAACUACUCGUCAUUUCUUUCUUGCAUAUUUUUUUUUGUUAUUCAUUUAAAAUGUUUUUUUAAGUACUUUCAUUGAUUUUUUUCACCGGUUGCAAGUAAUUAUUAUAUUUUAACUUUUCACUGCUUAAUCCCCUUCUACAAAUGUGUACAUUAAUAAAUAUCUACAUAACAAAACAAACACUUUUGGAUUACACCAGCGUUGGUACUAUGAACAACAGUCAUGGAUUGAUGAUGUUUUGAUUGCAAAACACUAAUUUAAAUAAAAAGUUGCAGAAACUAGACAACAAUUGACAUUAAAAUGAUGAACGAUAUGAUGGGAACCUCAAGUUUUCUUCAUUUGGGAGAUAUUGUCUCCCUUUAUGCUGAAGGGAGUGUAUGUGGUUUCCUAAGUACAUUGGGCUUGGUUGACGACAGAACAGUGGUGUGCCCAGAAGCUGGGGACUUAAAUAAUCCACCUAAAAAAUUUAGAGAUUGUUUAUUUAAAAUAUGUCCCAUGAACCGAUAUUCAGCUCAAAAGCAAUUUUGGAAAGCAGCUAAACAAAGUGCAAGCUCAUCUGCUGAUACAGUUUUAAUAAAACGAUUGCAUCACGCUGCUGAAAUAGAAAAAAAACAAAAUGAUUCUGAAAACAAAAAAUUACUCGGAACAGUUAUACAAUAUGGCACUGUUAUACAACUGCUUCAUUUGAAAUCUAAUAAGUACUUAACAGUCAACAAACGUCUUCCAGCUUUAUUAGAAAAAAAUGCUAUGCGUGUUUACCUCGAUGCCAAUGGCAAUGAAGGGUCUUGGUUUUAUAUAAUGCCGUUUUAUAAACUACGGUCUACUGGAGAUAAUGUUGUAUUGGGUGAUAAAGUCAUAAUGAACCCAGUAAAUGCUGGACAACAAGUAUUGCACGUUGCAGCAAAUUACGAGCUUCCGGAUAAUUUGGGCUGUAAAGAGGUGAAUGUUGUGAAUUCCAGCACAUCGUGGAAAGUUACUUUAUUCAUGGAGCAUAGAGAUAAUCAAGAAGAAAUAUUAAAAGGCGGCGAUGUACUACGAUUAUUCCACGCAGAGCAAGAAAAAUUUUUAACAAUGGAUGAAUACAAGAAAAAACAACACGUAUUCUUACGUACAACUGGUCGUACAUCAGCUACAUCUGCAACGAGUAGCAAAGCAUUAUGGGAAGUUGAGGUAGUACAACACGAUCCAUGUAGAGGAGGAGCUGGCCAUUGGAACUGUUUAUUUAGAUUCAAACAUUUGGCUACGGGACAUUAUUUAGCAGCUGAAAUUGACGAUGAUGAAACCAUGGAUCAAAUGCGUUCAAAAUUAAGAGAUGUACACGGAGGUCCAGUGUAUCAUUUGGUAUCCGUACCUCAUUCUAAUGAAAUAGCAUCACUUUUUGAGCUUGAUCCAACAACAUUGAGCCGAGGUGAUUCAUUAGUACCACAAUCAUCGUAUGUUAGACUACAUCAUUUAUGCACUAACACUUGGGUACAUAGUACAUCGAUUCCUAUUGAUAAAGAUGAAGAAAAACCUGUCAUGUCUAAGGUGGGAAGUGCACCCGUAAAAGAAGAUAAAGAAGCAUUUGCUCUGAUUUCAGUUUCGCCAUCUGAAGUACGAGAUUUGGAUUUUGCCAACGAUGCGUGUAAAGUAUUGGCGUUUAAUUCGGCUAAAUUAGAACAAGGAACAAUAUCAUCUAAUGAACGGCGAGCUGUAACAACUUUGCUUCAAGAUGUAGUUUAUUUUGUUGCUGAUUUGGAAAAUGAACAAAAUAAAGCAGAAGCGUUGGAUUUAACAGUACCUAACCCUAAUCGAGAUCGUCAAAAACUACUUCGAGAGCAAUAUAUUUUAAAACAGCUUUUUAAAAUACUUCAAGCUCCAUUUAUGGAAACAGCUGAUGGUGAAGGUCCUUUUUUAAAAAUUGAAGAAAUGAAUGAUCCAAAAUAUGCGCCUUACAAGUAUAUGUUUAGGCUUUGUUAUCGUAUAUUAAGAUUGAGUCAACACGACUAUAGAAAAAAUCAGGAAUAUAUUGCUAAGCAUUUUGGAUUUAUGCAAAAACAAAUUGGUUAUGAUAUACUAGCAGAAGAUACUAUAACUGCUCUUUUGCACAAUAAUCGUAAACUCUUAGAAAAGCAUAUUACGGCAGCUGAAAUUGAAACGUUUGUGGGUCUAGUUCGUAAAAACAUGCAUAACUGGCAAUCACGUUUUUUGGACUAUCUUUCCGAUUUAUGUAUAUCUAAUAAAAAAGCUAUUGCCAUCACACAGGAGUUGAUUUGUAAAAGUGUUCUGAGUGCAAAGAAUUCUGAUAUAUUAAUAGAAACACGGUUAGUUGAAGAUGGCUUGUUUCAGUUUUAAUAAAAUUAAACUUAAACUUACAAUGGCUUUUUUUAUUUUAGCAUGAUAAAAUCUCCGACCCUAGAAGAAAACAAAUCUACUGAUAUCUUAAUUUUAACAAAUUAUGAAAAUGAUGCUGAAGUUGUUUUACUGUGGAAUAAUGGAAAAUAUAAGAAAUCAUUAGUUGAAUUAUCAAAAGAUGCUAGAAGAGGAAAUAAAAACGAAUGGUAUUUAUUAGAAUACUAUAGGCAUCAAUUGAAUUUAUUUUCUAACAUGUGUCUCAAUCGUCAGUAUCUAGCCUUGAACAAUCUAUCACCACAUUUAGAUAUUGAAUUGAUUUUAAAAUGUAUGGCCGAUGAAGACGUUAGAUACGAUUUGAGAGCAUCAUUUUGUCGGUUGAUGCUUCAUUUGCACGUGGAUAGAGAUCCACAGGAACCUGUGACUCCUGUUAAAUAUGCCAGAUUAUGGUCAGAAAUACCUUCAAAAAUUAGUAUUAAUGACUAUGACAAUAAUCGGACACCUGACCCGAAUAAAGAAGCAGUUCGCUCGAGAUUUAGCUCUACAAUAUCAUUUGUGGAAGAUUAUUUAUUCAACGUGGUCGCAAAAGCAUGGAGUUUUCAAGAUACCCAACAAAACAAACUCACAUUUGAGGUAGUAAAAUUGGCACGAGAUCUCAUUUACUUUGGGUUCUACAGUUUUAGUGAUUUAUUGCGUUUGACUAAAACAUUGCUAAGUAUUCUUGACUGUGUUUCUGAAAAUGAUUUCAACGGUGAUCAGAGCUCAUCAGGAGAAAUGCAUUGUAAUGCUGAUGGAGGUGUUCUAAGGUCCAUUGGUGAUAUGGGAGCAGUAGUUACAGGACUUACACUUGGAGGAAAUGGUGUUCAUCAUUCACCUACCAAACCAAAAUCGAAUAGUAAAUUAUGUUUAUUGAAAAAAGAAGCAUACCCUCUUGUGAUGGAUACAAAAUUAAAAAUAAUUGAAAUAUUACAAUUUAUUUUGGAUGUCCGACUGGAUUACCGUAUCAGUUGUUUAUUAUCAAUUUUUAAACGCGAGUUUGAUGAAAUAGAAAAAUCAACAUCCUAUGAAACCAUAUUGAUAGAUCACAAGUCAAUCGAUUUAGAGUUCAUUGGAACACAGGCAGAAGGAAUAUUUGGAGAAAGUGAAGAGUGUGCAGCAUUAGAUUUAGAUAACAAUGGAGGCAGAAUGUUUUUGAGAGUUUUACUUCAUUUGACCAUGCAUGAUUACCCAUCACUUGUGUCUGGAGCUUUGCAUUUGUUGUUCAGACAUUUUAGUCAACGUCAAGAAGUAUUACAAGCUUUUAAACAAGUUCAAUUAUUAGUGUCCGAUUCUGACGUUGAGACAUAUAAGCAAAUCAAAUCUGAUUUGGAUCUAUUAAGGCAGUCUGUUGAGAAAUCUGAAUUGUGGGUUUACAAAUCCAAAGGUAAUGAUGAACACGGAAAAAAAAUGGGUCAAGGAGAAGAAGAAGAAGAUGUUACGGGUCGAGAUAGUCGUAGCUCUUCUUCAAAAGUUAUCGCUGCUAUUGGAACAAUUGGAAAACAAGGAUCAGCUAUAGAUUUAGAUGUGGGACCACCAAUACAUCCCGAACAGGCUGAAGAAUACAAGAAAAUUCAACUAAUUUUGAUAAGAAUGAACAAAUUUUGUGUUAUUCGUGUUCCUGGAUCCCCUCUAAAACCAAGAAAACACGAGCAAAGGUUGUUGAGAAAUGUUGGUGUGCACACUAUUGUAUUAGAUUUGUUACAAGUGCCGUAUGACCAAAAAGAAGACAUCAGAAUGAAUGAACUAAUGCGACUAGCUCAUCAAUUUUUACAAAACUUUUGCCUUGGAAAUCAGCAAAAUCAAGUUUUAUUACACAAGCAUUUGGACUUAUUCUUGAAUCCCGAGAUACGUGAAGCAGAAACUGUUUGCAGUAUUUUUAAAGACAAUUCUACAUUGUGCAAUGAAGUUAGCGAUAAAGUUAUUCAACAUUUUAUUCAUUGCAUAGAGACUCACGGGAAACAUGUUCAAUAUUUAAAAUUUUUCCAAACAAUUGUUAAAGCCGAAAAUCAGUUUAUUCGAAAAUCGCAAGAUAUGGUCAUGCAAGAAUUGGUCAAUGCUGGAGAGGACGUUCUUAUUUUUUAUAAUGAUAAGUCUUCAUUUACUCAAUUUGUAUCUAUGAUGCAAUCUGAAAGGCAUCGAAUGGAAGAAAGUAGUGCCCUUAGAUACCAUAUUGAAUUAGUCAAAUUGCUCGCAUGCUGUACUAUGGGCAAGAACGUUUACACAGAAAUUAAAUGUCACAGCUUAUUACCGUUAGAUGAUAUUGUUACUAUGGUGUCUCAUCCUGACUGUAUUCCUGAGGUUAAAGAAGCAUAUAUUAAUUUUCUUAACCACUGUUACAUUGAUACUGAGGUAGAAAUGAAAGAAAUUUAUGCAUCAAACCACAUGUGGAGCUUAUUUGAAAAGAGUUUCUUGGUCGAUAUGAACACAGUAAUAAUUAAUAGUAGUGAGCGCAAACACUCUGACAUAGCAAUGGAAUCGUAUGUUACUAAUGGUAUUAUGACUGUUAUCAGCACUUUUUUUAAUAGCCCUUUUUCAGAUCAAAGUACUACGGUUCAGGCUCGACAACCCAUUUUUAUUCAACUACUUCAAGCAGCAUUUCGCAUUUCUCAAUGUACUUGGCUUACUGCUACCCAAAGAUUUAAUGUUGAAAACACUAUACGUACUUUGGCUGAAGUUGCCAAGACAAGAUCAAUUGCUAUUCCAUCACAAAUGGAGUCUCAAAUAAUUGCUAUGUUUAAUAAAUCCUCAAAUCUUCUGUCUAGGCAAACAACUAAAUGGUUACAAGCUGCCAAAACGCCUAAAAUAGAAAGAUCACAGUCUCAGUUAAUACGUCUAGAUAAAAGUAUAAUUGAAGGACUUCAAGAUAUCGUUUUACUAUUGGAAGAUCAGUUGAAACCAUUAGUGCAAGCAGAACUUUCGUUAUUAGUUGAUAUAUUAUACAGACCAGAAUUGUUGUUUCCUUUGGGAACAGAAGCAAGAGAACGAUGUGAAAGUGGCGGAUUCAUUCACAGACUCAUAAAACAUACAGAGCAAUUAUUAGAAGAAAAAGAAGAUAAGCUAUGUGUUAAAGUUUUGAAGACAUUGCAAGAAAUGAUGGCCAUUGAUUUAGAAUAUGGCGAAAAGGGUGAUAUUUUAAGGCUUAGUCUUUUGAAUAGAUAUUUUGGAAAUUCUCUUGAUGCGAAACAACAGUUAUUAGAUUCUGCAAUACAACCUAACAUUAAACAAGUGGUUACUCAUGGUCCGGGUGCUAAAUUUUUGGGACGUGCUGGAUUGUCGCUAAAUGAAGUACAAAGUCAUUUAGAUCACGACGGAGCAUCAGAUUUAGUUGUCGAGUUGGUUAUAAAAUCAAUUCACUCGCCGCCUUCAAUAUUUGUGGAAGCUGUGCAGUUGGGAAUCGCUUUAUUGGAAGGAGGUAAUCCGGUCAUACAGCGUAGUGUAUACAAUAAACUUUUAGGCGGUGAUCUUUGCCAGCUAUUCUUUAAGGUAUUUUACGACAAAAUGAAAGAUGCUCAACAGGAAAUUAAAUCCACUGUUUCUGUUAAUACAUCGGACAUGGCGGUUAAAGACAAUGCUGAUAAAGGAGAUCAAGGAAAAGAUUUUGAAAAAAACCUUAAAAAGAAAGUAAAAACAAAUGGAAUGAUAUUGACCGAUGAGCUACGAGAAGAAUUAAAUCAAGCGGCAUUAGCGACUAGUCAAGCAUACGCUGGCGCUAGAAAUUUGCCAACUGUUGGUGAAGAAGAAAUAAACCACUCAACUUCUCAUAAUGCCAUGUUAGAUGACACUCUGGUCGAAAAGCUUGAAAAACAAAGGGAAAAGGAAAAUCAAAAUAAAUUGUCCACUAAAAUACUAGUGAUGCAACCUAUUUUGAGAUUUUUGCAACUCCUUUGUGAAAAUCACAAUAGAGAUUUACAAAAUUUACUUCGUAACCAAAACAAUAAAUCAAAUUAUAAUCUUGUUUCGGAAACAUUAAUGUUUUUGGAUUGUAUAUGUGGUUCUACUACUGGUGGUCUUGGAUUAUUAGGUCUAUACAUCAAUGAGUAUAACGUCAGUCUCAUUAAUCAGACACUAGAAACUCUCACCGAAUACUGUCAGGGUCCUUGUCACGAUAACCAAAAUUGUAUUGCAACUCAUGAGUCUAACGGGUUAGACAUAAUUACGGCUUUAAUUUUAAAUGACAUUAAUCCGCUUGGUAAAACAAGAAUGGAUCUUGUAUUAGAAUUAAAAAAUAAUGCUUCCAAAUUGUUACUGGCAAUUAUGGAGAGCAGAGGAGAUAGUGAAAAUGCUGAACGUAUUCUUUACAACAUGAAUCCAAAACAGUUGGUUGAUGUUGCCUGUCGUGCGUUUUAUCAAGAGACUUUAGAGGAUGAUGAUGUUGAUGAUUCUUCUACUGAGAGCGAAGAUGGAGUAUCUCCAAAAGAAGUAGGGCAUAAUAUCUAUAUUUUGUGUCAUCAAUUAGCUCAGCACAACAAAGAGCUUGCAUCUUUAUUAAAACCCUCUGAAAUAAAUAUAGAUCCUAAGAUAAACGAAGCAUUGGUUUACUAUGCUUCACAUACAGCACAAAUUGAAAUUGUUCGCCAUGAUCGUACGCUAGAACAAAUUGUUUUUCCUAUCCCGGAGAUUUGUGAAUACUUGACACAUGAUACAAAAGUAAAAAUUUACCAUACAGCUGAAAGAGACGAUCAAGGUUCAAAGGUGUCUGAUUUCUUUGAAAAAACUGAAGACAUGUUCAGUGAAAUGGUGUGGCAAAAAAAAUUACGAGGAAGGCCAUCAUUAUUUUGGGUUAGCAGUUUUAUGUCACUUUGGAGUAACAUAUUAUUUAAUUGUGCUGUGAUUAUAAAUCUAAUAGUUGCUUGUUUUUAUCCAUUUGAAGAUGUAGUGCCAAGCCUGAGUUCACACAUUUCUAUUUUGAUAUGGGUGGUGCUUUUUGCUUCUGCGUUUGUGGUUUUUGCACUUCCCGGCGGGUCAGGCAUUCGUACUUUGGUCAUAUCUACUAUACUAAGGCUUAUAUAUUCCAUAGGUCCAGAGCCCGCACUCUGGUUUUUAGGAACUGUCACGGUUAUUAUGAAAAGCAUACACAUAAUAAGCAUAAUGGGAAAUCAAGGGACAUUUACAAAAAAGUUUAACCAAAUUUUAACUGACGCAGAGAUACUUUAUCAUUUGAUGUACAUAAUGUUUUGUAUUCUUGGUUUGUGUAUGCAUCCAUUCUUUUACAGUGUAUUGCUUUUGGACGUCGUGUAUCGAGAAGAAACAUUACUUAAUGUUAUCCGUUCUGUAACACGUAACGGUCGUUCAAUCAUAUUAACAGCAGUAUUAGCAUUGAUUUUAGUCUAUAUGUUUUCAAUAAUUGGCUAUAUGUUCUUCAAAGAUGAUUUUCUCGUUAAUGUAGACGAUGAAAUUAAUUCUGCGUCAAAUAUAAUAGAGAACGAGGAUGAAACAUGUUCUCUAGGCAAUAACUGUAGCCCUAUAGAGCCUAAAGAAAAUUCUAAAGUGGUCGUUAUUGACGGAGAGGUGAAAGAAAGGGCUUGCGAUUCAUUAGUUAUGUGUAUAGUUACCACACUCAAUCAAGGGCUCCGAAACGGUGGUGGGAUAGGCGAUAUCCUUCGUGCACCGAGUAGCCAGGAGCCUUUGUUUGUAGCUAGAGUCGUUUAUGAUUUACUAUUCUUCUUCAUUGUGAUAAUUAUUGUACUUAAUUUAAUUUUUGGUGUGAUUAUUGACACAUUUGCUGACCUUAGAAGCGAAAAACAACAAAAAGAACUUAUAUUAAAAAAUACGUGUUUUGUAUGUGGUCUUAACAGAUCAGCAUUUGACAACAAAACUGUUAGUUUUGAAGAGCAUGUUAAAUGCGAACACAAUAUGUGGCAUUAUUUAUAUUUUAUUGUUCUUGUUAAAGUUAAAGACCCGACUGAGUUUACAGGGCCAGAAAGCUACGUUUAUGCUAUGGUUAAAGAUCGAAACUUAGAUUGGUUCCCCAGGUUGAGGGCUAUGUCGUUAGCUGCGGUAGAAAGUGAAGGCGAACAAGUCGAGUUGAGGAGUCUCCAAGUUCAAUUGGAAAACACUCAAACAGUCGUGGCGUUUUUAUCACAGCAACUAUCAGAACUUAGAGAUCAGAUGACUGAACAACGUAAACAACGACAACGAAUAGGAUUACUCAAUUCGACUUCACCAUACGUGCACAAUAUGGUUCUAUAAUUUGGCUCCCUCGUUCUUCUUGUUUAUUUUUUUUCUAUAAAUUAGAAAUUUUAUUUGUCCAAUAUUUUAAUUACUAAUUUACCAUAUUACUAUCUUUAGAAAGUGAUAAAUUUAUAUCAAAUUGGAUAACCAUUUAUGAUUAAUUUUUAAUAAUUGUGUUCUUUUGUUAGUAUUCGAUUUAGUCACUAUACCAAAAUUAAUGCUGUGCAAUUAUUGAAAUUAAUUUUGACUUUUUAUUUAUUCUUCUUGGUGAUUUAUAUAUUAGUAUACAUUUGUUAAUCGUAAAACAUUUUAAAUCUAAAGACUAAAACGCCGACUUUCUCAAAAUAUUAACAACGAAUAGUGCAAAAUACAUAUUUUUAUAGUGUAGUCCAUAAUGCCCGUUAAUAUGGUGCUUUAUUUAAUUUAAUGUUAUCAAUUAUUUAGUCAAUCAAACAAAACACCAUUUAUUUAUUUUCUCAUAUAUUAUUGUAUUUAUAAGUGUACUUAAUAAUAUUAUAUUGUAUGUACAACUAAGAUGUAACCCAUAUUUAGACAGUACUUUCAGUAUCGAAAAAAUAUAGGUAUGUGUAUUUUUUUAUCAUUUAUAUACACAGUAUUAACUAAAUUGAUAGGUAAAAUAUUAUAUAGGUAAUAGAAAUCAUGUGAUAAGUCGACCACUAGUUUUCAGUAAAGUAUAUAUUAGAAUGUUAUAUUUUUAAUUAUGUUUCAACAUUUUUUUUUUAUUAUUUAUAUUUUUAAAAUUUAAUUUUUACGUAAUAACAUUUUUUUUUUAUUUACAUUGUUACUUUGAUGGUAAUGAUGGCUCUAAAUUAUUGGUGUUAAUCUCGCAAUGAGUAAAUCAUUAAUCAGCUUAAGGAUAGACAUUGUUUUUAACAUAAAAACAAGUCUUUUUUCUCGUUAAACAUUCCAAAGCAAAUAAAUGAAAUACAGGGCGUGAGUCAUAAGGGUUAUUUUUUGUAGCUGUUACAUUAUUUAUCAAGUCUUUUUGUCCCAUAUUACAUAUUAGAUGGUAUUAUUUUUGUUAGAUAUUUCAGAUCACACCUAUACAAUUAAAAUAAUAUGUCAUAUGAAUUUUAUUAAAGAGAAGGUAUUUUUUAAUAUGUAGCAAUACUCUCAGUUAUUUGUAAAACACAUUUCUUCGUAUGGUUUUAUAACAAUUAUUUUCAAUGUGGAUCCACCUUAAUAGAUUAUUAUCUUU